CUUCACAACAUGACUUCUCACAUUGACACCAGCAACUGGUUCUACAUUCAAUCCGCCGCAACUGGCGACGUCAUCUCAGCAGAUACACACACAACAGACCUACUGCGCUCUCAAGUCUAUGUCUGUCCACCUAAACAGAUCGACGAAGAAUUGUGGAAGUGGGACGGACGUUUUAUUGUCAACAAGGCCACCGAAAUGGUCCUCGAUAUUCGCAAAGGUCGUCUGCGAUUAAUCGAAGAUACCGAAAUUUGCCUUUAUAACCGAAAGGAGAUCGACCAAGCCCACAACCAAAUGUGGGGUAUCAAUGAAGACACAUCAGAUUGUUUUGGCCGUCCUCAGCCAGGCAUCUUCCUUUACUCACACUAUAACAAUGAUUGGGUGCUCGACAUCCAGGCCAACCCCGAUGGCGCAAACAAAUUGAUUCUUUUCCCUCAUCAGAAUAUCGACAACGACAACCAACGCUGGUCUCUCAUUUCUGCCUCUGAACUCGAACACCCUCUCUCCAGAAUUCCCACCCUCCUUUCAUCUCCAAACUCUGCCACAGACUACAGCUCACCUUCAAAUUCUCUCCCUUCCACACCAGUUCAUGAACUUACUCUCGGAGAGUUCUCCGGCGGUCUCUCACCUGCAAAGCGCGGGUCCCAGAGCUCGGUUACAAUGAUCACAAUUGAUGCGUAUAAAGAAAGCCACCGAAUGGUCUAUCUUGAAAGCAACCCUCGCCUUAGUGAUAAAGCCAUUGCAAUGGCAGCUGCUUAUCAGACAUGGCAACAUUGGAAGCAUGACCAACCUCACCCCACCAUGACCUUUGUGGACUCCCAAGAUGUUCGAUCCGAACUCCAGACAUUGGCACAAGCAGAGGCUUCUCUUGUCUUUGACCAAUGUGAUCAACUUAGUAAUCACAAGGAAACUGCUCUUUCACUUGCCAGCCGAUUGAUAAUCCAGCUUUAUGAAAACCCUUCUUCUCCUUAAACGCAAACACAAACGCAAAAAACGCACGAUCCUUUUUUUUUUAAAAAAAAAACUCACCAAAACGCAAUUACCUUCCUUACCCCCCUUCCGCUUGUACCAUCUCCCAACCCAAUCCUUGUUAUUAUUUUUGUAUAUGUACUCUAUCAUUGUUUUUUUUUAUAUUCUUUAUCCUUUAUUUGCUUUCCUGCUAUAUGUAACCUCCACACUCCUUUGCAUCAUAUUUUUGCUUUGCUACUCGUCUAUAUUAUUCUGUAUUCAUUCUUUGUAUUCUAUAAAACCCAUUCUCUCUCCUUAACUAUGUAAAUAAUCCAAAAAUAAAGAGAAUCUCUACAUAACACAACACAACAUA